CGCUUUUCCCGGAUGACGUGUCUUUCCUGCGGCCUCAUACGCAGCUCAGAGAGCAGCUGGAGCUGAAGCAGCUGGACAUUAAACAGAGAAACAGGUUCUGGUCAGAAUGGGCAGAGGCUACACUGUUGAGGAGUCUGUGGAGAAAUAUCUCGCCAGCCUCUCAGCAGCUGCUGGAUCCUGCGAGACGGGACUUUUGAUUGGCCAGUCCUCAGCACAGAAGGACUUUGUGGUGCUGGCGGUGAAGACUCCUCACAGAGAGAGCGAAGGGGGCUCAGACAGCCGGAGAGUCUCAAGCCCGCUGGAUGAUAUUGAUGCAGACUGGGUGGCUGAGCAUGCCAGGCAGGUUUCUCGGAUGUUACCUGGAGGUGUGAACGUCCUCGGUUUGUUUCUGAUCACCCCUCCUGAGCUGUCAAAAGAAGCGCAGAACACGCUGAAAAGGCUCAUCUUUGCUGUGGAUAAAUGCAUAUCUAAGAGCAGACUGUGGGAUCUGUCCGAGGAUGACGUGACUGACCGCGUCACACUGCACAUCUGCUCCAAGACGAGGAAAGCUAUCUGCAAAACAUAUGAUGUAAAAGACCCCAAGUGUUCAGCAAAACCUGCAGAUUGGAAGUAUCUGUCCGGCAUCUCGUCCUCCUGGCCCGUGCUGACCUGCUCUGUGAAAGUGGACCUGCAGAUCCCAGUGACUGAGUCAUCGUCAGAGAAGUGUAUAAAGGAUGGACUCAGGAGGUGGGCUAAACAGAUUGAGGGUGGUCUUUGUCUCAUUAAUGGCAGACCAGCAUCAGACGACUCAGAGCUUCUGUCAGGAUCGAAAAAGAGCACGAAGACGAGCCAGCAGCAGACGCUACAGGCGCAGAUUCUGGUCUCAGAGGAGGAUCCUGUUCAGAGGUGCAGCGCUGUGGUGCAGGCGAGCAGCGGGUCAGUGCGUGUGAGAGGGACCAUUCACUGCAGAGCAUACAGCCACACCAACAAGCCCAGAAUCAGACACGCUGCUCAGGCUAUUAAGAGGGACGUAGUGAACACGGUUUCAGACCGGGUGGAGAUGCUUUUGGAGGAUCUGCAGAUGAAUGAAGAAGGUCCUGCCAGUGAGCAGCAGGAUCUUCCUCAGCGAGUGUUUGCCCCUCUGCCCGGCUCUGGCCUGACCGUAUGUGACUACAUGUUCCCGGACGAGACUGCCACAGACGUAGCUGAGCGGCUUAAAGAGAUGCUGGACUGGGAAUCAGCCGAGGAGGACAUAGACACCAGUGUGGAGGCUCCAGCAUGUCGCUCUGCGUCUGUUUUGGAAGCGGAUGAUGGACGUGAUGAUGGAGCCGCUCAGGAUGUGCCAACAGAAUCCAACACUGAACCAGUGAAACAGCAGAAAGCUUCACACUACUAUGCUGGUGUGGCCGUGGCAGCUGCUGUCGCCCUCCUCGCCACAGCGACAUCCCUGCUGUAUCUUAACGAGUAACCAUGAGGACGCUCACAAACAAGGAGCUGUUCAUUUCAAUGAAUCUAACUUGGGCAGGAUCUCAAACAGCUCCUACUCUUUAAGCUCAUUGCAUUAAAGGGCCUUAACUGCUCAUUGUAGUUAAGUGUUUUACACUAACAUGCUUUAAACAGCUUAAAAACUCUGAAGGUCUCAAAGUAGUUUUAUACUUACCACUUAAAAAUUUCCCCCUAGUGUUUUUGUGCAGCUUAAUUAAAGGGGAAUUCCACCACUUUUUGAAAAUGUAUGAGUGAGUUAGUCGUUGAGAUGUAAACAGAGUCAUUCAGAGUGGUUUGGUGUGAAAUGUUUGAUUGUAGAGACUCAGAUUUCUUU